UUUUUAUUAUGUAAAAUUAUUUAUAAUUUAUUCUAAUGAAUGAAUUUUUCAGAUUUGAUAAAAUUUUUUAAAAUAUUUUUAAUAUAAUUUCCGAUUUUUAAACUUGUAUUAUAAUGUUUACAAUUUAUGUGUAUAAUAAUUUUUAAUUAAUCUUGAUUUACUAUUCCUUUUAAAUGGAUGAUAAGAACAAAGGGUCCGAAACUAGCACAGAAGCUAAGAAAGAUGAUAGAACAUUUUACUCAGAUAUUUGGGAUUUCCUAUCCUCAAGCACAUCUCAAAUCACAGAUUUAUUCCAGUUUGGAGAGAAAGAUGAGACUUACUCACUAACCGAAGAUUACGAAUCUUCUAAAAAGUUAUUUGACAAUUACGUCAAGAGAAUUAAAGAUAAUUUGAGCUCCGGUGAUACUUCUGGAUCAGACUCUAAAAUAAACGGAAAUGAUAAAAAACGUACUGGAAAAUGUGUUAAUACUAAGUUAUAUGACAUCCUGGAGGUGUCACCAAAUGCCACAAAUACUCAAAUUAAAUCGAGUUAUCGUAAACUUGCACUAAAGUAUCAUCCGGAUAAAAACACCAGCCCGGAUGCCAAGAAGAAAUUUCAAGAAAUAGGUGAGGCCUAUCGUAUCCUUGUUGAUGACGUAUCAAGAGAGAAGUAUGAUAAUACCGGGUCUACAGAUAUGUUUGACAUGUCUGACAUGGAUAUAGAAAUCGAUGUCCCGCUAUUCUUCAUCAUGCUAUUUGGCUGCGAUUUACUUGAUGAAUACGUUGGUCCAAUGAAGUUUGAGCAUAUUUUUAAAUACAGUAAAGGUUUUUCUAAAAAGUCACCCACUCAAAAUCCGGGUUCAAUGUUGUCCAGUUUCUUCCAGCCACCAGGACAACUAAGUAAUUCCACAGCUUUAGUUAUGCAGUCUGAUGAUAUUUCUAAUUACGUAAAUACUCUGCAAAAGUACAGAGAGGCUAGACUAGCCACUCUUCUGAGGGAUAGGAUAACAGAGUGCAUAAAUCUUAACAAGAUCCCAGACACUCUUGUCCAAUUUAUUGAGUCUGCAUGUAAUGAGAUGUACGUGGACCUAUUCGUGACUUCAAUUGGCUGGGUUUAUGAGAAUUGCGCCGACAGUUACAUGAGUGAGGUUGACUCAUUCAUGGGACUAGGAGCAACUUACUCAAAUUUGCAGUCAAUCGGUAGAAAUUUGAAUAACGGAUACAAUAUUAUCAAGUCGGGUUUCAACGUCCUGAGUGUUAUUAACCAAAAUAAAAGCAUGUUCCUUAAGAGGAUAGAGUCUGAGCAAAUGAACUUUGAGGAAACCGCUGAGAAGAAGAAAAUACUCUUCGAGAGUUUUGAGGCUUGUUUGGACUGUUUCAUGACUUACCUGAUAUAUGAUAUUGAAAACACUGUGAAGGAGGCCUGCUUCAAGGUGUGUAAGGACCAUGAUGUGGACCAGAAAACUAGGAUCCAGCGCGCCUGCUUUAUGAGAAAUCUCGGCAUUAGGAUGCAGGAAAUUGCCGAGUCUGUAAGGGCUAAAAAGGGCGGAUCCAAAGCUGACUUUACCAAACUUAUCCAAGACACGUAUGUAAAAAUGAAAGUUAAAUCUGACAAGCAAAAUUAACAAAUUCACACUAAUUUUAACAUAUUUAAAUAAUUCACUAAAUAAUUUAUUAAAGAAUUUAUUAUAUAUUCA